AUGGAUUUCGGCAAGAAGAAAACCGGGAUGGAUGCAGCCAUGGCUCAAGCUGCCGCAAUUCCUGAGAUUCAGAUCGAAAACAUGAAGGAAUUCUUUUCGAUGUGGACAAACAUCUCCGUCGACUGUUUCCAACAGUGCGUGCCUGCUGUCAGCGUAAAGGACAGACGAGCUGAAACAGAGUGCAUCAGAAACUGUGCUGCGCGACAUGUUGAGGCUAAUCACAGAAUCGUUCAACAAUUCACCUUGCAGAAUGAUGAGUUUACUGAAAAGAAGCAAAAGUACGAAGAUGGAAAGAUGAAAGAAUACAUGGACAAGGGAAUCUUCGAUCCAGAAACAAUGCAGCUUCAGCCUAUCAAGCCGAAGAGUCCAGCAGAAAUGGAGCUGGAUACAAUCAAAAGUCUCAGUCCAACUCUUGCCAAAGCCUACAGCUGGUAUUACGACGUUCCUGAUCCCGAUGCUGAGAAAUAA